CUUUAAUAUGUAAAUUAGCUCAGGUAAAGCUAAAGGUAAAGGGUGUCAUUUAAAUAGGAAGUAAGUGCAGUCGAUUACUUUGUCGGGAUUAAACAACAAUAUUAAUGAAACUUUGAACUUUCGUUUAAUCACUGUCAUAGAUCUUAAAGAUUGCAAUGGGUGAUGGCUCUGGAAUCUUCCUGAACAGGAUCUAUGACGAGCAUCAGCAAGAAAAUUACAAAGCGGAUUUCAGGGACAAUGUCAUGGAACAGUUGCCCUCUUCAUCAGCCCCUAGUGGUAUUGAGGACGAUUCCGGAUUCACAGACGAAGCGAGCGAACUUCACGGAGGGGGUCUGAUAGAAGACCUUCUGGGUCCUCAAUUUAAAAGAAGGAACAAGGACGCUGGUAUCCACAUCCACAUCGGGGCGGUGCAUUACCACCGAGAGCCCCACCCCCAUGGUCUGUACAGCGACCCCUCACGGUACGGCUACACUCAGCAGCCUCCACAGCCCUGUCACCCUUUGAGGAAAAAUCAAUACGCGUCUUCAACGGUUCCUCAUUCAGAUCACCACAGCAGUGUGGGUCACAUCAGAGUUCAGCGCCGCCACUCAAACGUGUUCGAAAACUUUACUUUACAACGGCCAGACACAGACACGAAGGUCGAUGGAGAUGAACCUGCCCAUUCUAAACUGGACAGCGAGAACGCAUCUACCACAGAGAAAUACGUUCCGCUGUCGGCGUGCGUCAGUCCAACCGACACAGCUUUUGAGGACAGCGUGUCGAGACUGAGAAUAACUCAGUCAGAACAAGUCAUCAAUGGGGUUCCGACUCAUUUGGACAUUAGUAUGGAGAUGGAGGGCGACAAGUCCGUGAUGUGGACAGGUAAGCUACAGUGUGCACCGUCAGCCCCCGACCUCCGCCCCCCAUCGGCCGCCCUCCAUCGUGCCAAGUCAGUCAUCUACAUCAACAGUGCCCACAUUGGACAGGGAAAGACAGUCAUUGACGGAGCAGAGGAAGUAGAUUACGUCAAUUAUAACCAACCAUUUACCAAAGCACAGGCAUACAGAAUAGCCAGUGCUGGGGCCCCCUCCUCUCCGGACUCGCCUCGCAGGGUGUCCACACAUUAUGUCAGGAACAAACAAACGCCGAUGGAACACAGACUAUCCGCUGCCUCCUCUCACCUUGGCAGAAAAACGUGGAAGUCGACAACAAACUUGACAGAAAACACAUCCUUUAAUGAGUCAAAUAAAAAAGGCGGCACCAAGUGUUCUACUUUCUACUGUGUACCGGAAGGUUAUCAUCCAGAUAUUGAGGACGACAAUGAAAAAGCACACAUAAAGGAAUGUCUUUACAUAAAAGGAAAGAGUGGAAAUUGGGUGAUACUCCCGCUACAGAGCCAUCCGGUGAACCGUUUUUGUCUGGAAGUGAAAUCUCAGGACGAAGUUUUGUCAUUUCCCGUGAUGCUGACGCACAAGAAGAAAUACAAGAUUGAUCCUUCACGAAAGGGUUUCAAAUGUAUAUGCAAAUUGGUUGAAUUUUACAAGAAAAACAAACUACCAUCCUGUAACUUGAAUUUGGGAAUCCCAUUUCCCAAGUCUCUUAUUCCUCCAACCGAGGCGGAAGCAGACUGCAGUGAUGAGGUCAAGCGUCAGUACGCGGGAAUCAGGUUGUGAACUCUCCACUACGUUAAUGAGUGAAUGACGUCACAAAAAUAGUGAUCAAAAAUGUCAUCAUCGCUCCUUUACUUGAGAUAUUAAUGGGAAUUUAAAUAUAUAUCGGAUUGUAAUUUUAAAAAACAUAUCAAACAUUCUGUAAAGUUUGGUGUAUUGCAAUAACCCUCUGUGUGUAACUACGCAAAAAUAUACACAUGUACACGACGAUUUUUUUUUUGUUCUCGCGUGGUUCUGUGUCACAAAACGCCUUAGGUGCCAAAAAUGGUUUUCACAAAUUCAAGUUAUGAUCUUUUUCUCCACACAGCAGUCACAUUUUCUUCGAUAACAAAUUUUUAGUUCAUAAAGAAAUGGAUGGAUCCGGAAAAAAAACGCAACUCGUAUUCAAUCAAACAUUCAAUCUGUGGCAUCAAACUUUGCACAAUGUCUUUCAUUUCUUGGAUUAUCGUAUUUAUACAGUCUUCCAUAUUCUAUUUGAGAAGAUAAGUGAUAUAUUUAGAUUUUUAUACUAGAUAUCAGUCUUCAUAUUGUUUAUAAUGUUAUGUACAUACGUUUUUAUCUGUUUAUAUGUUAUAUAUUGAACUGAUAUUGUUUUUUUAUAUUUUAAUAUUUAUAUAGAUUACACUUAUGAAAAAAUUCAAAGAACAUGUAACUACGAACUUCUUGUAUUAACAUAUCAUGUAAUCUUUGUUUCACUUUCAAUAAAAAUUGAUUUUUACUAAAACAUC